CUGCUGCUGCUGCUUGGUUGGUGUUGGUUGAAAGAUAUCUUCAACAAUGGCUUCUACUGCUCUUCUUUCUUCACCAUCCCAAUCCCUCAUUCGCUGCAAUCCUGUUUCCCCUGCCUCCUCUUCAUCGCCUCCAAGAUGCCAUCUUCGGAUUCCCAGCAAUAGCUCAUUUCCUGUAACUAGUCUAACGGAAACCAAAAGGAGGAGAUAUUUGGUAUGUGCAGUCGAUCAAGAUGCCGAGGAUGCGUUUAAAAAAACUGUGGAAGUCGAUAGACUUAUUGACAUGUUAAAGGGUGCAAGUGAUCGGGAACUGCAAAAGCUUGUUGUAGAAAAUAUUCUUGCUUUCAACGAGGGUUUCUGGAUACGACUUGCAGCUAGAUCAGACACCUGCAAAUCAGAUGAUGAUAAAAAGGAUUACGAAGAACUGGCUUCAUCUGUUAUGAGCAUAGUUGAUCGUGUUGUACACAAGACCAAUGAAAAAAUAGAGUCAGCUACCGAUGUUCUCAAGGAGAUUUUAAGACCUGUAGUUGAUGACAUAGAAGAGAUUUGUUGGCCUCCUCGGGAUCCUAAUUCCCUCAAUCUCAUGAAAAAAGAAGUAAACCAAAGGGAGCAGGAAGGCCAACUGGAUGAGGGAUUUCUAGCAGAAGUCAGUGCACAACUACGGCAGGCAAAGGAAGAUGGAGACAAGCCAGGUCUUGAGGCAAUGCUGCAGAAAGUUUUGCAACUCUACGCUUCAAGAAUCCUGUCAAAACGCAGUUAUGCCAUCAAAGGAAAUGAAGUUUUAAAAGCCGAGCAGUGUCUUGAGGAAAUUAUCAAAGCCCCAGAAUCUGAAUGGAAUAAGCUGUUGAUCGAUCAUUUGACUGCCGGUAAAGGUGAUAUCUCACCAGAUGAACUGUAUGCUGCCAUAAAGAAACGAAUAGAAAGGACACUGAUUCGAACGGAAGGAGGUUCUUAUCAGCAGCGUAUCCUUGUCGAGUUCUUAAAAGGCAUUCAAUCAAGAGCCGAGGAAAUUGCCCUCGUGCUUCAAGGCAAGCAAUGAUAAUAACUCAAAAGUCGGGUUUGAAGGUGCUUUUUUCUUAGUUUUUACAUGCCGAUCGUAUCAAAAACUCGGCACCACCCAAACCAGAUCGACUUGAAAUGAACCAAUGGGCAACCGAAUGGACAUGAAGAUGUCGAGUCGAGCCCCAUAAUACAUAGAUAUGUUGAGUAAAUGCCGUUAUUUGUAAUCUUAUAAGUGGUUGAGACAUUCUUACGAUAAAUUUAAAGAAGACGAGUUUGAAUUUGAUUA